AUGGCGGAAAAGCUACUAACAGGCUCAGCCCUGACGUUCGUGAGGCAAGAAAGGUGUACGAAGACGUGGUUGAAGUCUAAAAACGCCUUGAAAGACGAGUUCGAGCAUGUGGUGAGCGAUCAACAAAUUCACCGCGAGCUGGGGCCAAGGAGGAAGAAAUCCGACGAGACCUUGCAGCAAUACAUGUACAAUAUGCGCGAGAUUGAGGCACAAGGAAUAGUAGAUACGAAAUCUUUGAAGCGGUUCAAGCAGUAUGAGGCGAUAAGAGAUAUGAAGACGAAAACAAAAAUCGUGGAACGAAAGGAUGAUAAAGAAAGACGACCGGAAGAAAAGAAUAGUCCAAAGCGGAAGCCGACGGAUAGUGAAAAGCGGAAGUGUUAUACUGCCGUGUUAAUCCAAAAGGGCGUAUCUGCAAUUUUAUCAGAAAUUAAUGAAGGACUUGUUAAUAGUGAUAGUCAAUUCAUUUCCUCCUUGUUAGAUGAAAUGUUGGAUAACGUAAUCCGGCAAGAUGCCAAGGGUGAGCCACAAAAUGUUUGUAAAACAUUUUUCCUUGGCACUUUAGGAUAUGCAGCUAGCAACGAUAAAGUUGUAAGAAAUGUUUUAUCAAAAGCACAAAGCACAUCACUGUCAGCAAAAGCCGAUGGACGUGGCAAACACAACUCAAAGAAAAUUGAUCGAAAGAUUAUAGUUGAGCAUAUCGAAUCAUUUGGUCCAACCAUUUCCCAUUACCGAAGGGAGCAUGCACCACAAACAAGAUACCUUCCAAGCGACAUAAGUAUCAAGUUGAUGUAUGAUGAUUUUAAGAAAAAACACCCAAACGUUGUAUUUUCGUAUUAUCUAUAUCGAGAAGUUGUAAGCAGUAUGAGUAUCAGCUUUGCCAAGUUAGGGCAUGAAGAAUGCUGGACGUGUGAAAAGAUGGAGCAACACGGAAAGAAUACUGGACACACGAAGAAUAAUUUGAACUUUGAAUGUGAGGAGUGUACACGAUGGAAUACACAUCAUAAUAAGUAUACAGAAUCUCGCAAACGAUACGAAAUUGAUUCAUCAUCGAUUCAAGACCGAAACAAAUUAAUAAUUACGGUAGAUUUACAAAAGGUGAUCAUGCUUCCGAGAUGCGAUACAUUUAAGGAAAUUCUCUUCACUCCGAGAAUCAUUGCAUUUAAUGAGAGUUUCGUGGUUGCUGGUAAAAAUAAAGUAAUUGCUCCCGUCGCAGUAGUUUGGCACGAGGCCAUUGCAGGACGGUCCAAAGAAGACAUUAUUAGUAGCUUUUAUGCGUACCUCUUGUCAAUCCGAGAUAUAGAACACCUUGUUAUAUGGCUGGACAAUUGUUCAGCCCAAAACAAAAAUUGGUGUCUGUAUUCUUUUCUUGUUUACAUUGUAAAUUCCGAUGAGGUACGCCUUCAAUCCCUGGAAUUGCGAUACUUUGAACCUGGUCAUACAUUCAUGGCGGCUGACUCGUUCCAUCACCGUGUUGAAGUUGCUCUUAAACGAAAGGGUAAAAUAUAUGACUUUUUAGACUACGUAGACGCUAUAAAGAGUGUGCCAGCAAAAGUUAUAGAAAUGAGUAUCGAAAAUUUUUAUCUCUGGAAAGAUAAUUGUUCACAAUUUAAACUUAACAAAAUUACCCCACGCCCAUACAUCUCUGAAAUGGUAGAAGUUAGUUUUGCGAGAGGAGACAGAACAAUAAGUUAUAAAACAGAUUUCAAUCAGCCUGCUGUGAAACUCAAUUUUUUAAAAGCGGCGUGCCAGAAAAGCGGAAUUAUUAAACCAGACUGCAAAACUGCUCCCAGAGGAAUUUCGAAGGACAGAAAAGACUUAAUCAUUAGUAAAUUAGGCAGCAUUAUGCCUACAAAUCGAUUAAAUUUUUGGAAAAAUAUACCCGUACAUCAAAUACCACCUACCGAUCUUGAUGAGGACUAG